UCGUAUAGUAGUGUAUAUUAUAGAUAUCAAUAAUUUCAAAUUUAUGUCGCACAUAACUAUUAUUAAAUGUAUUUAAUAUAAUUAAGACGUGAUAUCGGUUUGGUUUGCAAACUUUGCAGGUCACCGGGUCAAUGGCCAACCCAGUGCCUCUGUUGUGCGAAUCUCUAGUUAUUUUAUUGCUUAUUUAAUUUUAUUAUUUUAAUUAUAGUAAUGAAUUGACAAUGUUGCAACAAAAAUGUAGAUACAACUUUACUGACAAUCAUUUAUUGAAAAAAUUACAAUUGAAUAGCAUACACUAUUAUAUUGGCUAUACCCAGAUUCAGCUUGUAACGGUGAACUUCCCGGGAAAAGUCUUGCAUUUUAUUAAACUUAUAAAGCUUUUCUAUAGCUUUAAUUCCAGUUUAGCAACUUGAGAAUUGCGGUUAAUCGGAACCGAUGUAGCUGUUGUAGCUGGAUGUACCGCUAUCUGGGCGAAUAAAUAAAAGAUGCAACGGAGAGCGAGUACAUAGCGGACCCCAAGUCGGCGGGCGUGAGUCAGUGCGUCAGCAGACACCUUUCGCGAUGGUCAACUAUCGACGAGUAGUGUAUGAGGUAGCGGCGUUGGGCGCGUUAUUGGCGCUCGCUGCGGCAGCUCCACUUAAUUCUGACUGUAAGGAAGAAUACAAUCAGAGUCAGAAUGGAACGGAAAAUUUUCGGGUUCACGUAAACGGGCUAGUCAUCGCCAUGAUGCCGGCCGAGUCGUUUGCCGAAUCAUUGUUGUCGGCGAUGCCCGACUUAGAAGAGCUGUUGGAGUCUGAAGGGAUUAAUCAGUUGCAACAACAAAAGCCGAAACCUCCGAUGGUCACCUCUCCGCCUAAGCCUGAAGAAAAACCUCAAACGGAGUCCGAAGUUUUGGCCACAUCUGAAAAUCCAAAGCCUACAGAAUCGGCGGCGCCUUUGAGCGAUGUCUCCAUAAAAUCAGAUACACCACACAAUAAAGAAGCGUCCGUAAAUAAACAAAAACGACCACAAAGGCUGAAAUCAAUGCUGGCUAGUUUGUUGCUGCCCCUGAUGCGUAAGAACAGACAUCACUAAAGAAAAACAAUGUUGCUAAGGCAACUAUCGCUACACAAAUCACUGGAGGAAGAUUUAGGAAGUGAUACAGAAUGCAUUUAUUAGCAAUAAGUUAACAUAAGAUAUUAUAUGAUUGUUUCGUUGAAAAUAAAUAUUCAUUCGUAUUUAAAAAUCCUAA